AUGCUCUCCCUGUCCUGGGUGUUGUUGGCUUCAUCUCUCGCUGUGAUUCGUCCCGUGUCGAGCGCAUUGUACACGGACUCUGCCGACCUUAGUGCGGCAGAAUACGAUUACGUGGUCGUUGGAGCUGGGGUAGGCGGUGGGGUCGUCGCGAGCCGUCUUUCCGAAGAGGGCGGCAACAGUGUUUUGUUAAUCGAGGCUGGAGUCAGCAACUCCGGACUCGAGGCAGUCGCAGUUCCGUAUCUCUGCCUCACACUGUUCCCUGACACGUCGUUGAAUUGGAACUACACCACUACCCCCCAAGAAGGCUUGAAUGGGCGCGAAAUACCUUACCCUCGGGGACGACUUCUGGGAGGGUCUUCGUCUAUCAAUGAUAUGGUAUGGACUCGUGGAUCCGUGGACGACUAUGGCCGCUAUGCGCGCAUCUCCGGAGACCCUGGAUGGUCAUGGGAUGCUCUUCGACCUUUCAGGGAGGGUAUCGAGCAAGUGGUUCCUCCCGCAGACGGGCAUGACACAAGGGGUCAGAUCGACGAAUUCGCUCACGGUCAUCAUGGACCUCUCGGCAUCAGCGUCACGGGGUUUCCCACUAACAUUGACCUUAUGGUGAUCAACACCACGCGUGAGCUGCGUGAGUUCCCAUUCGUGCGCGACAUGAAUGCAGGGCAUCCGCUCGGGAUUGGAUGGGCGCAAUAUUCUAUACGAAACGGGUCGAGGGAUAGUUCUGCAACGGCAUACAUUCACCCUGCGCUCGCUGCGCGCUCUAAUCUCGACGUCUUGAUCAAUGUGCAGGCAACCAAGCUUGUGCAGACUGGGACAGAAGAUGGUCUUCCUGUGUUCCGGGGUGUGCAAUUUGCAAAUUCGGCGAACAGCAGUGUGCGUACUGUUACUGCGCGCAAGGAAGUUAUCGUGUCUACAGGGGCCGUGGCGACGCCUCAGCUGCUUCUACUCUCUGGCAUUGGCAACGCGACCUACCUCUCCUCCGUCGGCAUCACACCCAUCGUCGAUCUGCCAGAUGUGGGACAAAACUUGCAGGACCACCCACUGCUGCCGAAUAUUUUCACGGUGAAUACGACAGCGCUGACGCACGAUGAUAUCACGCGCAACGCAACGUUGCAAGCGGAAUACCUCUCCCUUUGGAAUGCGACCCGCAAAGGCCAGUUCGCCACAUCCAUCACCAACCACAUCGGAUGGUUCCGGAUUCCGUCCAAUGCGAGCAUCUUUGAGACGCAGGAGGAUCCGUCGGCGGGGCCUACUGCACCUCAUUACGAGUUUGUGUUUCUUACUGCAUUCUCAUCUGCAGUCCAGGCAUUGCCAUCAGAGGGGCACUUCAUGACAAUCGCUUCAGUGCUUGUGAGUCCGGCUGCUCGUGGUUCUAUCACGUUAGCUUCUACAGACCCUUUCGACAACCCUAUCGUCGAUCCCGGCCUACUCUCGACCGACAUGGACAUGUUCACGAUCCGCGAGUCCAUCAAGGCGGCGCGGCGCGUAGUCACGGCGAGCACCUGGGAUGGAUACGUCGUGCAGCCAUUCGGGGCGUUUGGGGAUGCGAACACGGACGCGGAGAUCGAUGCGUACGCGCGCGCGCAGACGGCGACAAUCUGGCACCCGACGUGCACGGCGAGGAUGGCGGCGUGGAACGCAACGGACGGGGUGGUGAACCCGGAUCUGACCGUCAAGGGGACGCGCGGGUUGCGCAUCGUGGAUGCUAGCGUGUUCCCAUACAUCCCUGCGGCACACCCACAGGCGGCGGUGUAUGUCUUUGCGGAGCGCGCGGCGAGCUUGAUCAAGGCUGCUGCGCGUAGGUAGCGCUACUUUGGUCAUCGGCUUCAGAGCGUUCAAGCCUGCGCAUGUUUAUGAUGUGUUCAAUGAACUUGAUUUGCUAUGUUGAAGCACUUCCAUCAUAUUUUCUUCCCCGUGAAAUACUUAUCUUUUGCGCCCCUAUCUCUUCUCAGUAUUUUCGAUAUAUGGCUAGCGUAUCUUUAAUUCAGCCAUCGUGUUCUGUG